CAAUUUGUACUAUGAUGCUCCGUUUCAUAUUGUUGUUAGUUGUUUCGUGCAAAACCAAGGCUGUGGUGAAAUUUCCACCAAAUGUGUCGGUUCCAGCAGUGUUAGUGUUCGGAGAUUCAAUAAUGGAUACGGGCAACAAUAACAACAACAUGCAAACAUUUGCUAGGUGCAAUUUUCCUCCAUAUGGGAAAGAUUUCAAGGGUGGCAUUCCAACUGGUCGAUUUGGCAAUGGAAAGGUUCCAUCUGAUUUUAUAGUUGAAGAAUUGGGCAUUAAGGAACUUCUACCAGCAUAUUUAGAUCCAAAUCUCCAACCCAGCGAUCUAAUCACUGGUGUUUGCUUUGCAUCCGGUGGUUCCGGAUUCGAUCCUCUCACAUCUAAAAUAGCGGCAGCUAUAUCCUUGUCCGGUCAAAUAGAUCUGUUCAAAGAAUACAUAGGAAAGCUUAAAAGAAUUGUUGGAGCGAACAGAACAAACUUCAUACUAGCCAAUAGUGUUGUUCUUGUGGUGGAAGGUAGCAAUGACAUUUCCAACACAUACGUUUUGAGUCAUGCCAGAGAAGUGCAGUAUGAUAUUCCUAGUUACGCUGACCUAAUGGUCAGGUCAGCUUCUAAAUUCUUAAAGGAAAUAUAUCAACUAGGGGUUCGGAGGAUAGGAGUAUUCAGUGCUCCACCAAUUGGGUGCGUGCCAUUUCAGAGAACAAUGAUGGGAGGAAUAGUUAGAGAAUGUGCAGAAAAAAGCAACUACUUGUCCGAGUUAUUUAACACUAAACUGUCAAGGGAGCUGGAUUCCCUUAACCGGAACUUGCCAAAUGCCAGGAUGGUUUACCUUGAUGUUUACACCCCUCUACUUGAUAUGAUUGUAAAUUACCGAAAUUAUGGUUUUAAAGUUGGAGACAAAGGAUGCUGUGGUACAGGCACAAUAGAGUCCGCAGUGUUCUGCAACCAUUUGGCUCCCACGUGUUCUGAUGAGCAAGACUACGUUUUUUGGGAUAGUUUUCAUCCCUCCGAAAACACUUACAGAAAGCUCGUAGGUCCUAUUCUUCAAAAAUAUAUGCACAAGUUCUUCUGAGUUUCUUAUGAAUCAUUCAUGCGGAUUUCUACGGUGUGUUUAAAGCUUCACGUUAAAAAUUACCAUUUAAUAUUAUCAAUGUAUUGAAUUCUGUAAUAUUUUACUUUUAAUAAAAAUUUAAUGUAUAUCCU